AAAACCUGCUCCAAAAUCAGUGUGUGUUAGUAAUACAGCAUGGACGUCCACCAAGCAGCUUUACUCCUCUGUCUAUUCCUUUAUGCAGGUGCCGUUAAAGGUCAGGCCGAGAGCACAGUGUUAGAUGAGUACACUAAAACUGACGGCGCUUGGAUUAUCUCGUUGCAAAAAGGUCAAUACUAUGCAACUUCAGCAGAACUAUGUGCACUGAAGUGCAAUGCAGAAACACUCUUCACAUGCAGGUCUUUUUUAUUCAUUGAAAAGGAUCAGGAUUGCAUUACAAUACCAGCUAACUCAAAGAUCGAGAAGGUGUUUCGGAGAACAAGCUCGGCUCUGUAUGAGAAAAAAGAUUAUUUACUGGAGUGUGUAAGAGGCAUCGGGAGCGAUUACAGAGGAACAAGGACUAAAACAAAAUCAGGAACAUUGUGUCAGCGAUGGGAUAGUACUUUCCCCCACGUUCCAACUCACACGAAGAUAAAGCACCCAAAAGCUGACCUGGAGUCUAACUACUGUCGAAACCCUGAGGGAGACAGCAACGGCCCCUGGUGCUACACUGUGGAUGUGAAUAAGAGAUGGGAGCACUGUGACAUCCCCAGCUGCAGCGAGGAAUGCAUGUACUGUAGUGGGGAAAACUACAGAGGGAAGAUCUCCAACACUGUACUAGGAUACACUUGUCAACGCUGGGACUCCCAGAAACCCAAUAACCAUGGAUACAUUCCCUCAGUUCUGCCUGACAAAUACUUAGAGGAGAACUACUGCAGAAAUCCAGAUGGAGAACCCAGACCUUGGUGUUUCACCACAAAUCCAGCCAAACGCUGGGAUUACUGCUCCAUCCCUCGCUGCACAUCUCAGCCUCCGACCAUCGCACCAGAGAUGACCUGUGUUACAGGAGACGGAAGCUCUUACAGAGGGAACAUUGCUGUAACCGUAUCUGGGAAAACCUGCCAAUCGUGGUCAUCUCAGCUGCCUCAUAAGCAUUCAAAAACCCCAGAUAACUACCCUUGCAAAGAUCUGGAUAAGAACUACUGCAGAAACCCUGACAAUGAGAGAAGUCCCUGGUGUUACACCACCGACUCAGAAACCCGCUGGGAGUACUGCAAUGUACCAAGCUGUGGUGCGGAGCCUCGUCCAGAGGAGCCAAUUAUCGCUCCAGCCGAGGACUGUUACACAGGAAACGGCAGCUCGUACCGUGGAGUGAUGUCCGAGACCAUCAGUGGGAAGAAGUGCCAGUUCUGGACGUCUAUGGAGCCUCAUAAACAUUCCAAAACACCACAGGCAUUCCCCAAUGGCGACUUGAGAAGAAACAUGUGCAGGAACCCUGAUGGUGACAAGGCUCCAUGGUGCUACACCACUGACCCUUCUGUGCGCUGGGAGUACUGUAAGAUAGAGCGCUGUGAUGAUGCAGUUCUCCCCAAUCCAACUCCGGUUGUGAAUUCACCCUCGAGCCCUGUUCUAGAACUUCCUCCUUCAGAAGUUACAGAUUGCAAGAAAGGCAACGGAGAAGAUUAUCGAGGUUCGGUAUCGAGGACCAUAACAGGAGUGACCUGCCAAGCGUGGAGUGCCAGUAGCCCCCAUACUACCAACUUUAACCCUUCAACACACCCGAACAAAGGCCUGGAGUCUAAUAAUUGCAGAAAUCCUGAUGGUGAUGUGAACGGUCCUUGGUGUUACACUACAGAUCGGAGUAAGAAGUGGGACUACUGUCAGAUUCCAGACUGUGAAAGAGAUGUGGCAAAAUGUGGACAGCCAGCAGUUAAACCAAGGCGCUGCUUUGGCCGGAUCGUUGGUGGAUGCGUCUCUAAACCUCACUCUUGGCCUUGGCAGAUCAGCCUAAGAACCAACACCGGCCUACACUUCUGUGGAGGAACUUUAAUCGCUGAUCAGUGGGUCCUUACAGCAGCUCACUGCCUCGAGCGAUCUACCAGACCAUCCGCCUACAAAGUGUACAUGGGAAUCCAUUCAGAACGAGCAACCGAGUCAUCCAAACAGAUCCGAAACCUGGAAAAGAUAGUAAAGGGACCAACAGGAACUGAUAUCGCUUUACUCAAGCUGGAAGACAAAGCUGUAAUAAAUGAAAAAGUGUCCACUGUGUGUUUGCCUGAGAAGGACUACAUCGUGCCCAGUGGGACAGAAUGCUACGUUACAGGCUGGGGAGAGACCCAGGGAACUGGUGGAGACGGUAUUCUGAAGGAGACCGGCUUCCCAGUCAUCGAAAAUAAAGUGUGCAACCGCCCGGCUUAUCUGAACAAUCGAGUAAAAGACCAUGAGAUGUGUGCAGGAAACAUCGAGGGAGGAACUGACAGCUGUCAGGGCGACAGUGGAGGUCCUCUGGUCUGCUUUGCCCAGAACUCCUUCAUUCUUCAGGGAGUGACAUCAUGGGGUCUCGGCUGUGCCAAUGCUAUGAAGCCUGGUGUGUACGCUCGUGUAUCCAAGUUCAUCGACUGGAUCGAAAAAGAGACAAAGUCCAUUUAACAACCUGCAUCUGAGUCUGAAAUGCAAAUUAUUACUGAAGAAUUCUAAAUCAACAGUUCGCUGUUUUUCCUAAACUCUUUUCAAAUAAAAUGUAAUGCGUUAAUUUCGCAUUUAAUGUUAACAGGUAGCACGUUACAUACACAUAUUAAAGUGUAUAUUUAAGUGUAAA